AUGUCAGCGUUCCUCAAGUCAAAGUGCUCUUCAGUUGGGCGAGCUAUGAUGGGAAGCCUUGGAAACAAUCUGUACGGGGGCGCUACCUCGUCUAUUGAAACGGUGGCAAGAACAUCUCGUUCUGAUGCUGUCUGCCAGCAAAUCAGAACAUUCAUCCAAAUGAGAACAAACCUCAAGGUGGUGGACAACUCCGAAGCCAAGCGGGUUAUGUGCAUACAGUCCCAUAGGGGGAAGAAAGGAGCGAGGCUCGGGGACAUGAUCAUCGGUUCUGUCAAGGAAGCGCAGCCUCGCGGCAAGGUCAAGAAAGGAGACGUGGUCUAUGGGGUGGUCGUCCGUGCUGCCAUGAAGAAUGGGCGCAAGGACGGCAUCGAGGUCCAGUUCGACGACAAUGCGAUCGUCAUCGUGAACAACAAGGGCGAGCUGAUUGGCACCCGCGUCUUUGGUCCGGUCCCCCACGAGCUCAGGAAGAAGAAGCAUCUCAAGAUCCUGGCACUUGCCGAGCACAUAGUCUGAGAUAUC